AUGACAAGGCUCAUCGCUGCGUUGUUCCUUUGCUUUCUUUCUACAUGCCUUGCUGCCAGCAAGUGCUAUUAUCCUAACGGCGACGAGGCUGACGACUUUCCUUGCGAUCCCGAAGCGAAGGAAAGCGUCUGCUGUUCUGGAGGGUUGGGCACAACAUGCCUGUCCAACAAGUUGUGCAUCGGGGCAGACGGGAAUACCUUGAGAGGUUCCUGUACAGAUAAGAAUUGGGCGUCGCCAGAGUGCGCUAUGUUUUGUCUGGGUGCGGACAGGGGAGGAACUGACUUGAUCUCCUGCUCUAAUGUCACGGGUAGCGAUACCUCGUUUUGUUGUGACCACAAUCCAAACUGUUGUAACAGUGGUGUUGGGAGGUUUAAUGUCCUUCCGUCUAACCCGGAGGUUUGGGCGACGUGGAAUCGAAAAGCAACCGAGUAUGCCGUUGUUGGUACAGUCUUCAUCGACGAAUCCACGACCACAGCUGCAUCGGCUACUUCAGACACGUCGUCUCUGGUCAUUUAUGCAACGUCAUCAUCUAUCACUACGGCCAGCGAAGCAUCUUCAUCGUCAAGUCAUGUGCCCGAUUCGACGACAUCUACUGAGGGCACACCAGGAAUGUCCACCGGUACAAAGGCAGGAAUUGGUGCUGGUAUCGGUGUCGGUGCUGUCCUAGCUGUGGCAGUCGUAUGCCUCCUAUGGAGGAUGCGCAGGAAUAAGAAAGCGACCGAGCAGGAGAAGCAGUUUCCACCUACAUAUUAUGGACCGGGUAUGGACGCAUCUUGGCAGCAGUCUCACUAUACGUAUGGCGUGAAAGAGCCACACUCUCAACCGCCACAGGAGCUUCAUGGACAGACAUUGCAAGGCUACAAUGUGAGAGCUGAACUACCAGCACAUAUCUGA